CCAUAAACCAUUGACAUACCUUCUAUAGGACAGCCAGAGUGUGCUACUGUACCCUUCAUUCUCACUCCUUAGUUGCAAUUGGGGAAUGGAUGGAAUGGGCGAGCUCACGAGAGAAAACAUCUCUUUCCCGCUCCCUCUGGAAACCCACCACACACAAAAAUCCUCCUGCAGUUCGACAGGCUGUCUACAAAAUCAAGCUCGCAGGCUGAGAGUCAGUGUCAGCCGCCGCAACAUUUCCUCUGAUUUACAAAAUACGCAACGACAUCCUAAAUCAACCUCUCUUUCUUCCAAACAUCCGGUUGUUCGAGUCACGCAAUCUUGUCGACUAAGUCACUUCAUAUUACUGGGCCCUAGCCUCUUUCCAUUCAAACCGCAGCCGAUAGAUACGCAUCCGACUAGCAGUACGAGGUCGAUGUCGGUGCCUUAAUACUCUGAGAUCUCACAGCUCCAGCGUAGGAAAAUGACGAGAAACGGAACAGGGCCAGCGUCUGCUUCCAGGAAAUUAAGCGGAGACGGAGAUGUGGGAAUCUACCAGACACCGGCAACAUGGCUAUGGCUGGCAGUACUCUACAAAGUCAAUGUCGGCACCGUAACAACCCGCAGUUUGUACUGGUCGACAAGCAGCAACGAAAGAGAGGCAGUGACUGUUUCUGGAGAAUCGAGCGAGUAUGGAGAUGUGGAAACAUGUCGGAUGCCCGGUUGGUUAAGCCAGUAUGAAAAGGGGACACGAGAAAUGAUUCGAGCUUGGUAUCGCAGCCUCGAUGCAAGAGAACGAAACAGUGGUGUAUGGCGCGGCGACGAGUCGAACGAGUCGACCCACGGGCGUACGAAAGUCGAGUUUCCAAGCAUACUUCCGGCACCUUCACUCCUGCAACAUCAAACGCAUUGUCUCCUCUACCUCGGUCCUUCACCUACAACUAUCUGCGAGCUAGUAACUACCCCAGAUCGUGUGAGAAGGAUUGCAACCCUCCAGCUUGCAUGCCCAGUCAUCUCUGAUGUCCGUGUUGACGUUAGAGACGACGCAAUGGUCAAAAUAGUGGUGGAUCAACCGGAUCGUGCUUGA